UGAUUAAACAGAGGUUCUGCAGUGGUUGAAGGGCCAAAGUUUAAAUGCUGAGAAUAUAUAACUGGGAGAAAAUCUUAAGACAGGUCCAGAGAAAAACCUGUCAAGAUGGAAAGAUUGACCACAGUCUUAUUUGUCGCUCUGGUUUUAUUUAUCUGCAGGACAUCAGGACUGUCAUGUGAAAUUGGAUGUGGGGAAACAUUUCCCGAAUGCUCAUGUUCCUCAACAUGCACGUCUCUGGGAACCUGCUGUACCGACUAUAAAGAGUACUGUGUGGAUAUCCUUCCAUACUCUGGGUCCAUUCUGGGUGGGACUGAUUUUAUGCUACUGGAAGCAAGUUUCAAUAAGACUUCCCACAUUGUGUGCAGGUUCAACAGUAAUACAGACACUGUGGGUUAUGUGGAUGAAAGUGGUAGAGGCCAUUGUAUCUCCCCAUUGUUAUUCGAGACUGGAUGGGUUCCUUUUCAAGUCUCCUCUGAUAACGGCACCACAUUCAGCAGAGACGGAUCCUGGCUCUCAGUUCAUACUGGGAAGUUAGAUGCUAAGUUUAAGGCGAUUCUGGUCAACUCUACAAAAUGGCAGUACUAUGGUACUCCUGAUGUUGGAGGUGUUCUGGAGAUGACGUGGAAUACCUCGUUGGUCAGAGCCGAGAGGGUGAACAUAGAGCUGUGGGGGUACAGAGAGACAGGAAAAGCUUAUACAGACACCUGGCAGAGUGAGUGGGCAUAUCUGUACUCACUUGCUAGGAAUCACACCAACAACGGCUCCUUUAGCUUUCUGCCCAAACCAGCAGAAAAUGGCUUUUCAAGUUGGGAGCUAGGUUCUGUACGUGUCAGCCCCAGCUGCUACAAGGAUGGCAUGUGGAAUGUACAGGCUGCAUGGACCGAGGAUCACGCUCUGGCCUGGCAUCUGGAGGAGAAGUUCAGGCAGAACUCCACAAUUUGGGCUUUAGACAAAUGUUUAGCAUGGGAUAAACUGGAAAAUCAGCUGCCUAACUUCCUCGAUGACAUCAUCGACUGCCCCUGCACUCUGGCUCAAGCCAGAGCCGACACAGGGAGGUUUCAUACUGAUUACGGCUGUGAUAUAGAGAAAGGGAGUGUGUGCACCUACCAUCCUGGCAGCGUUCAUUGUGUGAGAGCCAUACAAGCCAGCCUCACAUACGCAGCAGGACAGCAGUGCUGCUAUGACAGCACUGGCGCUCAGGUCCUCACAUCAGACUCGAUUGGGGGCAGCACUCCAGACCGAGCACACGACUGGGGAUCUCCUCCAUUCAAGAAGCCACCUCGAGUUCCUGGUCAGUCCCACUGGGUGUACGAUGUGCUCAGCUUCUACUACUGCUGCCUCUGGUCCGACAACUGCAACUACUACUUCAAACACCGGCCGUCCAGUGACUGCAGGCGCUACAGGGCGCCCAAGUCAGCUGUGGUGUUUGGAGAUCCCCACUUCAUAACAUUCAACGGUGUCAACUACUCCUUCAACGGCAAAGGGGAGUACACUUUGGUGUCCUCAGAGAAGAAACAUCUGACAAUCCAAGGCAGAACGGAGCCAGUGAAUGGAACCUUUAUAAAAGCAACAAAGUUGACAUCUGUGGCCAUGCGAGAAGCAGACUCUGAUGUGAUUGAGGUGCGGCUGGUCGCGGGUCACAAAGGCCUGGAAGUGUUGCAGAAUCAGAAAACCCUCCCGUUUACUGAGCAGAGCUGGAUGGACCUGCAUGGUGUGUUUGUCUUUUCCCCCGCCUCGACAAAUGUGACUGUGAUGUUUUCCUCUGGAGCUGGGGUGGAAGUGCGACUGAGAGAGGGAACCAUGACCACCACCGUGCUCCUGCCCGAGGAGUUCAGAAACUCCACUGUAGGAUUGUUGGGACGGAUGAACAACGACCCUAAGGAUGACCUCGCACUCAGCAACGGGCAGCUUGUGCGGAACCACAGCAAUCCUGAGGAGCUGUUCAGCUUCGGAGCAAGCUGGGCUGUCUUCAACAGGUCUGCUUUGUUCACUUAUGACUCUGAAUAUCUUUUGGAACAAUACCGCUCUGGUCCUAGACAUGACCUGAGUUUUCUUCCAGUGUUUUCUGUCCCUGAGAAUCCAGAUGAUCCUUUAGCCAAUCAGGCAUCAGAGAUCUGCUCUGGAGAGGGCUCACAGUUCUGCAGGUACGAUAUCCUGGUUGGCCGUAGUGCAAGCAUGGGAAAUGCUACCAGAGUAUCUUUCCAAAGUUACAUUUCUCUAGCUCAGGAUCUAAAGCAAGUUGUUUCCUGUGGAUGGCUGAGGCCACCAGAUAAUGGUAAGAAGGAGGGGACCACAUACUUACAAGGAGCGAAGGUGCAGUUUUCCUGCGAUGACGGCUACACUCUCAAAGGAUCCGCAGAGCGCGUGUGCCUGGGGAGCGGCUUAUGGUCUGGAGCAGAGACAAGCUGCGUGAUUCCCAGUAACAUUGCAGGAAUUGUAGCAGGUUCAGUCAUUGGAGCUCUUGCACUGAUUGCCAUCAUAGUAACAGUGGUACUCUACACCAAAAAACAGAAAAGAAAAACGAAAAGGUCUGUGGAAGCUGCGAAAACUGAAUUCUAAAUGAAUCCCUAGCUUUAUUUAUAUUUUGACUUCACCUACUAAAUAAAUGAAAAGAUUGUCUUAUGAUGAGCACUUAUUUUUGCUUUUCAAAUUAAUAAAAAAAAAGAAAAACUUAAAAAUCAAGGCAUGCUUAUAGGCAAAGACAAAAUGAUACGAAAGAGAUGUUUACAAAGGUUAGAAUAGAAUAGAAUAGAAUAGAAUAGAAUUACUUUAUUGAUUCCAAACUGGGAAAUUGUGGCGUUACAGUAGGAGGUUAUCCAACACACAAUAUGAGUAAACUACAGCAGCAGGUUAUCCAACACACAAUAUGAGUAAAAAUAUGAGUUCCUACACAGUUCAGAAGUAACUCCAUUAUCUCUUACAUGGCAGAAAAGUUUUGUUGCACUGAUGUUUAUAAAGUUAACCGAAGUCACAUGGGAUCACACCCACCAGGCCGGAAUCACAAACAUACAGUCCUUUCAGUUAGCUAACACUAACAGACUUACGUCCUGUAAACAGGUGAAUCCUCAAUGAUGCCACCUUGUUGCUGCUUAACACUCCACUAUUAUUCAUGUCAAACAAAUGUAUUGAAGGAAAACUCAGCUUUUCAUGUGAAAUAUUUGAAACAUUAAAGUGAUAUAAACUGAACUCUGCACUGUGUUAUGUCUGCAUCUUGUCAUCAGAAACUGGUAAAUGUUGCUCUAUUGUUGCAAUUUUUGUCAUUAAAGUUUUUUCAAAUACA